GAUAUUCAUGUACAGAAAAGCAUUGGACACUUUAGGAGUCAACUUCUCGAUCUGGGGGUCUACUAGGGUGUUAGGCCUCCCUGCCAUCAUGAAAGGGCUGGGGACUAGCCAUACCAGACACCUGUCUGACUCCUGUGACCCUUCCUCCGGCCAACUAGAGGCCCUCUUCCCUCAGAAGACCAGCACCAUGCCACGCAGUCCUUACCUGCUGAGCCCGACAAUGGACCAAUAUGGCACUAUGGACUCUCACCUUUAUCCAUCAACUAACCCAGGCUCUCUUCCACCAGAAUGCCUGCUGUCUCUCAAUAACCAGCUGUCAAACAGCAGCACCUUCCCCAGGAUUCACUACAACUCCUACGAUCCAUCUGACUUCUCCCCACCUGUGGAAAGCAUUGGUGGAUUAAGAACCGGGCCAUUGGGAGCAUCCAUGUCUUUGGGGAUGGGCUCUGGUAUGGGCAUGGCUGAGCUUAGUGGCCGAACAUCUAUGAUUACAAGCGGCUCAGCUACUAUAUCACAUCACAUGACAAAGAACCAGACACCUCAAAGUCUUAUGGAGUUUGACAAACAACUACCCGGAGGUCAGGAUGGCUUCAGCACCUUACAGUUCCAUAGAACAACUGCAGUAGCCACAGGUAAACAGCGUACAGACAGUCCUGGUCGCAUUCGUUACAUGUUGCACUCGGUGCAGAAGCUCUUUGCAAAGUCCCAGUCUCUGGAGAGUCACCACAUGAAAGGAAAUAUCAAUGGAAGGUCCACAGGUAGCGGCGGAGGCUCGUCAACUGACGACGGAGGAAAGCAUAACCGCAGAGCCAAAAGUAAAGAUCGCGGGACUAAAUCAGAAGCAACCGCCAAGCGACGGCCACGCUCCAACAUGUCAGGUUACUGGAGUUCUGAUGAUUUGGACAGCAGUGACAUAAGCAGCUUCCACAACACAAUGGCAAUGAUGACUCUCGGACGCCCCACUGGCCAUGAGAGACAGGAGUGCCAGAAUAGAUACAUUCAUAGCGGCUACAACACCAUCAGCUCAUCCAAAACCAACAAUGACAUGAGGUAUCAGGCACUUGCUGCACCUACUAGUGGAGGAGGAAACGGACCAGGGAAUGUGGUCAUGAGUGAUAAUGACUACAUGAAAGGAGGCUCCUGGUCUGCACUGACUAUGGGCCAGCCAAGGCAAGUGAUCCAGAAGGGCUCAGCCACGCUUGAUAGGUCCUUGCUCAAGUCCAGGUCAUGUCAACAGGAACUUACAUGCAACUACUUACAAGUUGGGCAAAGGGGGGAUUGGAGCAGCUCAUUAGGCCGGAGCGGGGGUGGCAAUGAAAUUCCAUGUCGACGGAUGCGUAGCGGAAGCUACGUGAAAGCCAUGGCAGACAUGGAGGACAGCGAAGACUCGGAGGGGAGCCCCAAACCUUCGCCAAAGACUGCCGCUCGCCGCCAGAGCUACCUCAGGGCAACACAACAUUCUCUGAGUGACCAGCUACCCCCACGCAACAGAACCCUGGAUUAUUCCUUAUUGCAAGGGGAGCUGGAUGUCCUGUGGUCACCCAUACACAGUGUGCCCUCCCUCAACCAACUGGGCAGGUCAAUGAGCAGCUGUCUUCCGUCUCUCAGAGAGCUUGCCAAUAACCGAAGCCUGGACAACCUUGACUGCAUCGGGGGUGCAGGCUCACCUUUGCCACAGUGGGAUGAUGAUGACUUCAGCCAUGCCUGCAGCACUUUGGGCAGACGUAGCUGCAUGGGCCAGCUCCGGGACCUGGACAUGAGUCAUCAUUAUGAGGACCGUAGCUCCGAGUCCACAUUCCGCGAUUCUCGUUCGCAUUCUCAGGACAACCCAGAGCCUCCGGACUUGCCCAUGCCCACUUGCUUCCGCUCCCGCAGCCACAGUUACCUGAAAGCCAUCCAGGCGGGCUGCUCUCAAGAUGACGACGUGGCUUCCGUCGACUCAGGCUCGCUCCCGCCAACUGACACCUCCGUUCGCACCUACGGCACCAGCACCGACGGCCUUUCUACACAAUGGAAGACAUGGAAAGAACAGUUUGGCUCUUACCUGAUAGCCACUGGCUUGGACAAAGCCCCAAAGGAGAAACAACUUGCAAUGUUUCUGCAGCGUUUGGGAACAGACAGACCACGCAUCAUACCCACACACACAGUCUCUUGCAUCACCACCUCGAAGAAGGCUGCUCCGCCACCCGUGCCGCCACGCACAACCUCCAAACCCUACAUUUCUGUGACGGUACAAAGCAGCACUGAGUCAGCCCAGGACAGUUACCUAGAGCAUCAGGACCAAAGGUCAGAGGUCAACAGCCAGUCCAGCCACGCACACAGCAACUCCUCCGACAGCCUUGACAGCACCCGUGCCAACAGCCUGGCCCGCGGAUUACCCCGCCCGCCUCACAUCAUCCCCACUCCCAUCGCCAUCCCGAGAGAGCCACUCGUACCCACCACUGCCAACGCUUCCACGGAAACAAGCGACUCAAGCUUACUCCUUCAUGAAUCUACGAAGUCAGGAUUGAGUAACUCUCCUGACGACGCUCUUGUGCUCCCCGUACCCAGACGAAAACUCUCUUCAAUUGGCAUCCAGGUUGACUGUAUACAAGAAGUCCCACGAGAGGAGAGCCCACCUCUGACCAAGUUUCAGUCAAUUGGAGUACAGGUGGAGGACGGGUGGCAGCCCAGUCACCAUUCUGCUAUGGCCUCCACACAAGACACAGACUCAGAUAAACAGGCCAUCCCUGUCAUUCCCCAUACUAGUCAGUCCAAACCCACUGAAAAGAAAGUCAUGGUCAGUAGUGCCAGCCAAUCGUUCAGCUCCCCUCCCGAGCAGGACUCCUUAGAUAACGGUGACACCACCGGUGACGCUUCCUCCCCUCCAACUCCCAGGCAGUUCCUGAACCGCUCCACCACACGAAGUAGCUCUUCCUCUUUCUCAGAAAGUCUCGACCCGGCAUUGGACCCCUCAUCAUUACCACCCCCAGAUCCCUGGCUAGAAAGCGGGAAUGGGAGUAGCAGCAUUGUUCCCCAGAGUGUUAGUGCAGGGGGGACACUAUGUCGAAGAGAUGGCCACUGGUUUUUGAAGCUACUGCAGGCUGAAACGGGCCGCAUGGAAGGGUGGUGCCAGCAGAUGGAUCAGGAGACCAAAGACAACCAUCUUUCCGAGGAGGUGUUGGGUAAGGUCCGCAGUGCAGUGGGAAGUGCCCAACUCUUAAUGUCCCAGAAGUUCCAGCAGUUCCGAGGACUGUGUGAACAAAACCUGAAUGUGAACACCAAUCCGCGGCCCACACCACAGGACCUUGCUGGUUUCUGGGACCUGUUGCAGCUCUCCAUCGAGGACAUCAGUCUCAAGUUUGAUGAGCUCUACCAUCUCAAGUCCAAUGACUGGCAGCCUGUGCCGUCUGCGGCUGUCCAGUCGCCCCCUGAGCGGAAGAACGAGGACAAGGUACCUACUCCAGCGUCAAGGAAGGCUGCUAAAGGACGACCGUCGCUGGGCCUCGAGAAGAGCAUCGACUCCCCUUCCACCUCUUCUUUAGCUUCAGCGGAGAAGCAGAGGCAAGAGGCCCGCAGGCGUCUGCUGGCCGCAAAGAAGGCCGCCUCUUUCCGCCAGAACUCUGCCACAGAGAGCGCAGACAGCAUUGAAAUCUACGUCCCAGAAGCACAGACACGCCUUUGAGGCAGACAGUGAGAGAGAGGAAUGUCAGGUCAGAUCAUAGGACAGAUAAGUGUCACUGGAAAAUAUCUGGAAAUGGGAGAAACGGAGGGAAACUUUUGCAAUGCAAAUGACAAGACUGGGAUAGAGUGGGUGGGGGGAGGAGAGGCCAAAUGCCCACUUGACUGGGGUGGGGGGUUGACUUCGUGUAUUUUAGCUCACUUGUUUGUAGGCUGGUCCUGAAGGCAUCAGACACAUACAUAUUGAACAUUUGUGUACUUAUUAUGAACGCUGCCAAUGAAAACCUCUGUAGAUUAACUUUGUCAUUACUUUUGAUUAAUAUUUAUCAUGAAAAAACAAAUUAAGUUAAUAACCGUAUUCCUAUCACAUGCUCAAAAUAUAUUUGCAGACUGUUUGAGUCGUUAUUCUAUACUGGAUAGAAGAUCUACUUAGAGGGCACAGCUGAGCCUUUUUUGCUUUUGUGCUUUUCACUGUCAUCGUCCUCCUCCCCAGACAGGCCAUUUUGCAGCUUUGCACAACACCACCUUGUGGCCACCACACACACUCCAUACGAUCAACUCGCUUCUGGCUGUCUUCCUUGUACUGAUUUGUCUGCUUCCUUCUCCCUUUGUUUUGUUUGACAGCUCGACCUACUGCAGAUGAGGAUCUGAAUAUUUUUUAACUGUGAUAUGAACAAAGGCAAUUUUAAAGGGGUAUUUAUAAAGUUCCUAGGACAUAAGUCUUUGUCCAAAUGUUUUGUGUCAAAGAGCACCGGUUAGAAUUGAUACAGGUUAGUUUUCUUUUUUUUUUUUUUUUUAUGGUUUUCAAUGAACGCGUAUCUCCAAGUGAUGAAAAUCUUAAACCAAUAUUUUCAGGUUGCAAAAUCAGUAAUACACUUGACAUGUUUUUUUGAAUGAUUGUUUUAUUCAAUCUCUCUGUUUUAUGCUUCCCUGAGUAUAUUCAGGACUUUUAGAAGCUAGGCUGAGUAUGCAGGAUAACUUUAUUUUUUUUUUUACAACUCUAAUGACUUUUGUUAGCAGUUCUUUCUUUUUCAUUCUUUGGCUGAAAACUUUUUGGUUUGUUUCUUACCACAGAGUCAGAUCAGUCGUAAUUCUGUGCAACUCAUCUGCACUUUUUUUUAAUUUAAAGAAAGCCUAUUUAAUUAAAGUUUCAAAUGCAUUAGCAGUUGUGUUUGCAUCAUUUCUUCAAGUGGUGCAUGCUUGCUGCCGGACGGCUUCACCAAAGAUUAAGUCCCUUCAUUCCACUUCAUCUCAUGCAUUUAAUUGUCAGCGGCAGGUAGCUCUUGUUGUGAAAAACCUAAGUUUAUAAAAUUGUCCCCAUUUGAUAAAUGUAAAUAUCAUUUUAAGUGUUCUUCCAAAAUGAGUUUUACCACACAUUGGCUGACUAGUGGGUUAUGUAUGGUAUAAAGAUACUCACUUCAAAGGCGUUACACUUCUUUGACUCAAAAAUCAACAUGCCAUGUAACUACAUAGUAAACUAACACUACAAGUAAGAAGCAAACUCCUAACCCCCGUAAACAAAUUGCACCUGUUUACAUGUCUUCCAAUCCAUUUUCUUUCCUCUGCAGAUGGUAAACAAAUUUCUUCUGCCUAAUGGGUUCUGCCGAUCCACUGCAGUGUCACUCCAUUUUUUUUUUCUUUCUUUAAUCAUUGCCACCUUUAGCCCAAAACUGCAGCCUGAGGCUUUGACUUGGAAAUAUCCCAAUGAGCUCCUUUCUUUCUUUAACUUGGGGAGAGCUUUCCAUUGAUCCUUGGCCUUUGUUUGCUGUUGGGUUUGCCUGCUGGGGAUGAGUAGGGUGAAGGCUCGGGGGUGUCAAUUGCCUGUUCCUGGGUGAAUGUCCUUUCCUUUUGACGGCGGCGUAUAGUAUCGUUAGCGCCUCCGGUUCUUUUGUUUAAACUGAACUCUCUGUCGUUGACUUGAUUUGAUUUCUCACUGGUAGGGAACAGUUGUCUGACAAGUUAUUCAACUCUUGGAAUAAGCACCUUCGAACCAAGUCAGAGUUGUCACUUUUGAUAUUUUGCUAUAUAUUUUAUGAUGAAAUACAGCUGCAAAACAAUCAUGUGUGAUCACUAAUAGGCCAACAGUUGAAUAUCUUCCCUGUAUCUUGUGUCAAUGUUACCUGAAGUCUAUUGGGGUUUGGGGCCUUUUUUUUCUUGUUUUUUAACAAUUAGAAAAUCACAAACUCAUCUGUCAGCCUGUGUCAGAUGAGCCCAUAAUGUGGCAUGGAAUGAGAGCUUUGGAAAAGAAAUCUAAAAAGGAGACCUCAUAAUAUUCUGAUCUCAUUCCAAUACACUUUUGUCUGAUCAUUGAUCACACUCAGACACACCUACGGAGCUACAGUAUAUCCUGAUUGGGCUCAUCUGAGCGCCACAAGAAGCUGUAGAAGCUUUUGAUAUCCGUUUAAAAAUCUCCCCAGAUGGACUUAAUUCAGGACAGGCGUUGGAAUGGAGUGUUCCAUCAAGCCCCCCAGGAAAUUCAAAAAAAAGGAAUCAAGCUUUAGAUGAUGCAGAAAUGCUUGUGAUAUAUGAUAGCAAAAUAUUUAUUAGAUCAGUGUGCCAAUCAAUCCAGGACUUGGGAAAACUAAAGUUCCCAAUUUAAGCAAUCAUAUACCCUACUUACGUGUACCUCUGAGUCAUCCAGACAAUAAGAACAGUUUCCUUAAGUUGAUUAAACUUGUCAUUUUCUCAUGACAUACAUGCAGACUGCAACAUUAUGCUAACGGUUUUAAUUGAGCAAGAAAGUGCAUACACUGUACAAAUAGUUGACCUCGAGCUUUUCACAUCAAGUAUUCCAAAGGCCUGACUUGCAAGUUCAUUUGCAUCUUUUCUUUGUCCUGUUGGGGGGUGAAUGUUGAGGGGUGAGAGGCAGAGCCUCUGCCUCACCACAAGACAUGAUGUAGCAAAAACCUUUUUCAGGAAGCAAGCACUUUUAAGAAAAGUGAUCUGUUGGAUGUGUGUGUGGCUGUGUUGUUCUUUCCAAAAUACCUUAAACCUUGUAACUAUUGAUACUCUUGAAGUUUAUGUGCAGAUGGAAAAAAAAAACAUUUGAUAUUAAAAUGAUUACAGUAUUACCUGCAUCCCUACUAGCAUAGCUUCAUAAGAUCAACCUGUGUACAUAAGUUAGAUGAAUGGAUAUUGUUUACAAUG